UUUCAUAUAGGCUAUGUGAAAGCUUACGGAAUUGUAUCACGUUUUCAGUAUAUUAUUAUAUUGUUCCAGAGAAGCCGUGAUCAAACAAAGACAUGCUGAUUCUAAGUAGAGUGGUGUUUAUUUCCAAAGUGCCAUGUUGUCAAAGGCGUCAUUUAUACAGCAUACGUCUACAAUACUUAGAUAUCGUAUAGACGUUUUGGCAUAUCAUUGAUUAAUGAGGUUGGAAUACAAACCAGGCGAGAUAGGGCAGCAGUCCUAAGGAAUAUGUGAUAGAAUGGUUAACGUACAGAUACAGGUACCGUCCGAAUUACUCACGUGUUGGGAGCACUGGCAGACAAAUGGAAGGGCGGCAGUAUGCAUUGCUACUUAUUCUAUUGCACUAUGUUCUGUGGUAUACCGUUGUGACGUCCGUGCCGUGUUCCAACAGAUGUACCAGUACAGCCCAUAGCGUUGCUCAUACCUGUCCCGAGGCCCUUGCACAAAUCUUGCCGACGUGCGUGUACGAGACAGACCGGGCAGGAAUAUGUCUUUCGUCGUUGGCAACUAACUCUUCCCUUAAGUUUGAUGUCGAAAUCAUCAGACCCACUGAGCUCAUAAACACACUGGACGGGUAUUUUCAAUUUACUACAAACAACACGACAGAAGUAAUCCUAGAACUGAUACAUCCACUGGACGUGGAAACUGUCUACCUUAAUACUAAUGUCACAACGUUGGAAAUACAGCUUCAAGUUUUCUGUACAAAUGAUUCUCAAACGAAGGAAUCUGCGAUGUUAAAUUUGACAAUUAUUGAUGAUGACGACAACAGUCCCUCGUUUGGACAGGCGGCUGGUAGCACGUGCAUUCUUCCUGUUUUCACUGCCUCUGCGCAUGAGCAUUACAUUGGUCCCCUGACGACAAAUCCUAGCUGUAUGUGUGUCACAGACGGAGACUUCAUCACAAACAACGACAUAGUGAUAUCAUUCCUACACGGCAAUCCUCCUGGUUACAAAAGGUUUUUUGCUGUUGAUGCGUCUACAAAAACUAUAAACAAGACAGCAAACAUGUCCUCCGACGACCCGCGGGACUACACCUUUAUUAUCCAGGCCAAAGAAGUAUCUGCCCAUGGACGAAGUAUGGUUGCAGUUCUAAGUGUUGGUAUUGAAAGCGGAUAUCCUGCCCUGCUGAUGACGGAGCAUAAAGCUAAUGAGAACGUUAAGUUAGUAUUGCAGGUUCUUAGCGCCGCGAUUCUCGCUGGAUUUAGCAUAGGAUUCGUAGUUCUUAUCUGGCACAGGAAUAGGCGCGUGAAACCUCUGACUAAGCAAAUGGAAAGAAACGCUGGUGUUAUAGAAUGCUUCAAAUCAAAUGUUAUUGACGAAACUCAUGGUACUGAAGGUAAAUCCCCUUGUGCAAAAAGGACAGAGUGGACUCUGGAGGCCAUUGACGAGGAACCCGAGCUGACGUCACUGUGACAGUCUACAAAUCAUAAACCAACAGGUGGAGCUGUUUUGCAUUCAAUAAUGUGCCAAUCAGUUAAGGUUAGCCUUGACGUAAUGUUAUAAAAUAAAAUAUGAGCAUUUGUAAAAAUGUAGUGAGCGUGUGGAAAUAGCGUGUUAGUAUGCAAUACAAUAUCCUAUGUGAAAAUGUGCUAAGUACGUGUUUACAGCUGAACUGAAGAAUACUUCAUAAAUGAUUGAUCAUAUCUUAUCAGAACUUUAUUAGUUUACUACAUAAUAGAACUGUGAGAAAAGUGAUGUAUGGAAAAGGCUAAAUCAGUGAUACUUGCCCUAUAUGUAUAUGUUCAUGAAUGUGACCGCUACCUUCGUUAAAUAGGUAGGACUUCCGGGCCACGAGAGGGCAAGAGGAUCCAAGAAAAGCUGUCCCAAAAACAAUUAGAAAAGUGAAUAGGUAGAGAUGGAAAUAAGCAAAUGUGGAGGGUUUUUUUUCUUUCUUCUUUUUUUUUUGAAGUUAAAAUGUUGUACAAAAUACUUAUCAUACAUGGUUCUUGGGUGAAGCGAAUUAAGUGUAACAUGUAAGUAAAUAAAAAGCACAAAGUUAUUUAUUUAGGUUUUAGGCAGGUGAUAUUGUCUUAUAUCACCUGUCUAGAUUUAAUAUUUCACUCUCUAUCGGCUCGGUUAAUAUGAAAUCCAGACAACAAUAGGAGAUCAUGUCAUGGUUUAUGGUUUAUUUUGUUUAACGUCCUAUUAACAGCUAGUGUCAUUUAAGGACGUGUCUGGUUUUGGAGAUGAAGGAAAG